UUUCCAUUCAUCUAAGAGGCUUGACCCUCAGUCCAGCAGCAGUGUAACAGAUCUACUGAGAAACGAUAGUGCAGAAUCAAGAAUGGAUGUCCUCUUCUUAGCCGCCCUUGCUGUGCCACUUAUCCUGGGUAAGUCCACUCCUGAGCCCGAGCCUGCCAGUCCUUUUCUUAUAAACGGGAUGAGUGAAGAGCUAGAAGGACAAGGACAGGAAUACGAGGACGAAGAAGAGCUGGACGAGAGUGAAUACUAUCAAGUGGCAUAUUAUUAUUACCCCUACACAAUUACCCCUAGUUACGAUGACUUUAGUCCAAACUUCACUGUCGAUUACUCCGUGUUUGAGUUGGAGGAUAGGUUGAACGGGUUGGAGAAGGAGGCGACCACAGAGGCAGUGGAGACCACCAUUAGUCUCCACACAGAACUCGCGGACCCUCAGAAUCCUGUGACAACAAGACCAGUGACGACGAAGCCAGUGACUACAGAGCCACAGAUUCCAGAUCAGAAUGAUGCCAUGUCCAGCCUGCAGAGUUCUGUGUCCUGUCUUCUCUUAUGGACCCUCCUUCAAGGGGGGCUGCACUUUAUGUAGAAGUCUCCUGUGGCUCAGGGUGGUCUUGAACCCAUCUCCUGCAUCCAACCCCUACGAUUACAGCAGGAAUGAAACAUCACACCCAGCUUAAUUGUAUUUUAUAUGAUAUUGUCUUGAAACUUUGGGGAAACAGUGCUGAGGUUUAAUUUAGAAACUUUUCCUUUUUCUAAAAUAACCACAUUGCUAAAUAUAAGUAAAGAGUAUUCGAAUAUAUUUAAAUUAAUCAUACACUCUGCAAACCCCGCCUUAUAUUCCUGUUCAAUUUUUUUCUUUUAGUAAGAAUAUGCAUUUAAAAAAAUAUUUAAAGUCUCUGUCCACCCGACUCUAGUCAGAACUAGAGUGCCCCCUUGCGAUCCCUCUGUUGUCUUCAAAUUACAGGGUCUUGGUCUUCAUUGUUUGCUUUAACUCUGACUUGAUAAAACGGAUGUUGGCGUCUAUGGGUGACUCUGGACUUGCUCUUUUCCUUCCUCAACGUCUUUCCAGUCUUCUCAAAGGAACAAAUAAAGCCAUAACCUUGAGGAUCAAGGACCUACUACUCUACUCUGUUCCCUGUGCUGAGAAUCAGAGAAUUGAGUUGAAGGGUCCCAAGGGCCCGGGGCAGAAAAGUCAGGGACGAGUUCGGCUUUCACCCCAGAGUCUUGGCGGGCUGGCAUCUGAGAUGGUAACGUGCGUGGCGGGUUAUGUAAGAACCGACUGGAGAAGCCGCUCGGCGGGAGCCCCGGAGAGAACGCGCUGUUCCGGCUGCAGUCCCCACCCUCCUCGCCCAGCAGGGCAGGAGGCACCCAACUAUCAGCCUAGGAGGGGAGGAUGAAAGAGUGGGGAGUCACGAGGGCGAGCCGCUGACAAGGGAACGGAUGCCCGGCGUCACACGUCCGUUGUCACACACGUUGCGGACACGAGUUGCUGAGGGCUCCCACGUGCUGCGCCCGUGCGCGGAGGCGCUCGGAGGGGCCCACGUCCCUAGGCACCGCCUCCGUAGCAUGGUCUGGCUCU